CAUCCAAACACUGUAACAACUUGUGUAGUACUUAAUCCCUCGCACCUCAUGAAUCCCAACUUCAACAGUGUGUGGAGCGCUCCCGAGAUCAAUAUGAUGAACUCACUCAUCACUAGUCACAUCGCCAACAACACCUACACAAACAACCAGCAUGUUGUGGCAAGUCGUAGUGCCAUUGUGAACCACAAUAACUUUGGGAUGCCAACGGAGGUCGUUCCACCCGUGGACAACAUGGACAUGAUGCAAGGCUAUCUAAUGGAUGAUACGGAUGCCAUGAGGCUUGUUCAGGGACAACAACAUAUGCCAAAUGUUGUUCCUAAUCAAAGGAGGCAUGCAGUGAAGUUUUGGACUACAGAUGAGCACAGGAAUUUCCUUCGUGGUCUAGAAGUGUUUGGCCGUGGUAAAUGGAAGAACAUCUCCAAGUACUUCGUCCCCACAAGGACACCAGUGCAGAUCUCUAGCCAUGCACAGAAGUAUUUCCGCAGGCAGGAGUGCACCACAGAGAAACAACGCUUUAGCAUCAACGAUGUUGGCCUCUACGACACACAGCCAUGGGUGCGGCAGAACAACUCCUCUAGCAGCUGGGAGGCGCUCACCUUCACUGCUGGCCGUGCGUACAAUAAUACAAACUACUGUGCCUUUAACAGCCUCCCGUAUGCCAGCAGCCAGGCAAGUAACAACCAGGUAGCUACAUGGAUUACAGACCAGCAGGCAACUGCAAGUUCUUCUAUAGCUCCUCCAGCGACGGAGGAGAGCCAGAUAUAUAACCGAUAAUAUAUAUAAUGGUCAUCAGCAGCUGGGAGAGGCUUUCUUCAUAUAUAAUCAAUAGGUAGAUAGAUAUGGACAACGUCCAUUGACUAGUUUAAUUUCUAUCUAUAUGUUUUGUAUCCAAUGAUGCAUGUAAAACCUAGUUGGUUGUUAAAGGUCAUUAGUACCAUACUAUAUAUGGGCUAGAAACAGUUUCAUUGAAAUUUGCCCCUGAGCAAUACAAUGAAAUUUUACCAAUGUGUUAUUUAUAUAUUAAUGUGUCUACUUGUAUGUGUUAGUUAUAUUUCGCCUGUCUUCCUCA